AUGGAGGAGAGACAGCCGGCGACGCAACAGCCGGCGGCAGAGACUAUGACGGCCGUUAGUGUCACCGGUGGAGGCGCGAUUGUGACGUUGAAGACCAAGACCUUCUGCGGUUCCUCCGAUAAUUUGAACUUCAUCAUUGCUCGCCGCUUUACUUAUGGUAGAACUGUGCUCAGACCUUACGAUUGGCGUUAUAUCAGAGUUGAUUUACCAACGUGGUUUUCUUCAAUGACUCUAUCUUUAGAGUCUGAUGUAAACCUUGAUAAAAAAAGCAUUAUGAUAACAGAUAAAAGUAAUCUACCAAUGAUUUGUGCACGUGAAGGAAGUCCUCCUUUGCCUGAUUCAUAUAAUACUUCUUUAAUUGGUUUAGAGUUGGACCCCAUUUUAAAUGGAUCUUUGGCAAUAGAAGGUCUUCAGUUUGCUGAGAAAUGUUAUCCAAUGCAGAAAAAAGUUAUGAUAAGACUAACAAAUGAGCAGAUUUCUCCUGGAGUAUGGUACUUUGGUUUGUUUAAUGGCAUUGGAUCCACAAGGACUCAAUCAAAGAUGAUAAAUCGAGGUUCAGGGUAUUCUUUUACUGGAAAUGUGAGUGUUGAAGGUUGUGUGAGUCCAUCCAUCUCAGGGCAAUUCUGCAAUCAAACGGUUGACCAUCUUUCAUGUGUUGACCAAAACUCAACACAAGGAAUCAUCACUUCUUGUAAAAACGAUUUUGAGCAUUCUUGCAUUCAUUCAAAUGAAUCAAAACUCUACUCUUUGGACUUAUUGGGAAUUUCAGAAGAAAUCAUGAUAUCAUUGACAAGUAAUAAUAGUAGUAGUAGUAGUAAUACCACAUUGAUGUGCUAUGCUCGACAUGGUGCCAUACCAUCAUCAUCUACACAUGAUUAUUCGGGUAAUGUCAGUAAUGCCCCUUUGGUUAUACGAUCGCCUAAAGUUGGUCGAUGGUAUUUUACCAUUCUACCCCUCAACUUCUCAAAUGAAGCCACAAAGUUUUGCUAUUCAUUGGAAUGGAAAUUGCUUCGGUGCCCUAUAGAUAAGGCUGGAUUGAAUUGUACAUGGGAAAGAUACACACUUCAGACAAUUCUUAGGAAGAAUCCUUCUGUACCUUUCGAAUCAUAUUAUUUACCAGUGAGUGAUAAAAUCUCUUCGAAUUCUGCUAAUUUCCUUCUUGAGCCUCUCCUAAGCAACUCAUCACAAGGUCAAAGUCAAAGUCAAAGUCAACAUAUUGCUUGGACUUAUUUCCUAGUAGACAUCCCUUCAGGGGCAGCUGGAGGAAGUAUUCACAUUCGAUUGAAUUCGGAUACAAAAAUAAAUCAUGAACUAUAUGCAUCAUAUGGUGGACUACCAUUUGAAGAUAAAUGGGAUUAUUUUUAUGCGAAUUCAAGUAGCAAUAGUAAUGGUUCCAUGUUCUUUAAGUUGUAUGAUUCGGGUGAGAAGACAAUUAGUUUUUAUAUCGUGUAUGUUAGAGGAGGAACAUGGAGUUUUGGUAUAAAACAUUUGACUUCUUCCUCAAAAAGUCAAAGUCAAAGUCAAACUACCAUGUCUAUUUCGAUUGAAAGAUGCCCGAGAAGAUGCUCGUCUCAUGGAACAUGUCAAAAUGUUGUGGAAAUGAGUGGUUUGUCUCUAUACAGCUAUUGCUCAUGUGAUCGUGACCAUGGAGGCUUUGAUUGCAGUGUUGAAAUUGUCUCACAUCAAGGGCAUAUAUGGCAAUCAAUUUCCCUAAUUGCAUCAAAUGCUGCAUUUGUAUUUCCGGCUUAUUGGGCGCUUCGACAAGGGGCAUUUGCCGAGUGGGUGUUAUACACAUGUAGUGGGAUUUCUAGUGGAUUAUAUCAUGCAUGUGAUGUUGGCACCUGGUGUGCUUUAUCUUACAAAGUCUUACAGUUCAUGGACUUUUGGCUUUCAUUCAUGGCUGUGGUAGGAACUUUUGUAUAUGUAACAGAUAUUGAUGAAGGAUCAAAGAGGACAAUUCAUACAGUUGUUGCCAUUGUUACUGCUCUUAUGGCUAUGAAUGGACCAACAAGUUCCUCCAACAUUGUUCUUGUUAUAGCCAUUGGAGCAACGGGUCUUCUUGUUGGCCUUUUAAUCGAGUUCUUUACACAUUAUAGGCGAUUUCCAUUUUCAGCAGAACUUUUCCUUAAUAUGCUUCAUAGGUGGCAAACAGUCAAAGAAUGGUGUAGAAAUCUGAUAAAGACGAUUCUUAAACGUUUUCAGUGGUUCUUUGUGAUUGCUGGAUUUGCUGCAUUGGCAAUGGCUGCAAUAAGUUGGAGCUUGGAAUCAACCAAUAGUUAUUGGUUUUGGCAUAGCAUGUGGCAUGUGUCAAUAUACAUAUCUUCUUUCUUCUUUCUAUGCUCCAAAGUGAAAGCAAUGAAUUGUGCAAAUGGAGAGCCUGAAAACAGGAACUAUGAGUUGACUCGACAAGACUCGCUUUCGGGAAGUCAAGACCUAGGGGAAAAUGGGCGAGUUAGAUAGGAAUUAAAUCUUUCAUGGGAGCUGGAUUUUGGAAGCUUUAAAAUAUCAAGAGAUGGAAAUCUGUCAUGAUUGAAAAUGAAAUGGAAUUGAAGCUUAUUCUAAUGUAUGUAUGUUUUUGUUUGGGUU